AUGAGCGCCGUGCACGCUACCGUAACCCAACGGCAGAUGAUCGGGAUGGCAUACGGUCUCGGGGUUACGGUGGCCAUUAUCGCAAAUAUGUUGCUGUGGACCGUGCUGAAGGGGAUUGGCACAAAACGUGACCACACAUUCCAAGGCUCAUUCUUCCGCCUCGCCCGCCAUUUGAUUGUUUGCAAUAUGGCCAGCGCCAUAAUCCAGUCGAUUGUCGCGAUUCCGUAUACGGUAACUGGACAACGGAUCUACGCCACACGACCAUACCUAUUCGUGAUGUAUCGGCUGUGCUGUUUCAUCGAAUUUGUCUGCUAUAUGGUAAACGUGAUGGUGGUGUUGGCGAUGAGUCUGAAUCGAUUGACGGUAUUUCUGCUGCCCAAGCUGAAUCGAUACUUCUUUUCGGAUGGCCGGUUUACAUGCCUGCAAGCGUCAUUAUGGAUUGUGCCGUUCGGCCAGGCGGCCCUUCACAGUCUCUUCGAGUGCACCAAAGAGUUUUGUCAUGACAGUCUGGCAUUCUAUUGGCACUGCUCGGCGGACAUCUCGACGGCCAGCCGAACCAUGGAUCAGAUCCUCCGCUGGCAAUGCGUGGUGGUGCCAGUACUUAUCAUCGGAAUGAACUGCCUCCUUUUUGCCCAUAUUAAAAGGCUGAAACGGACCGUGGAAAGGCAAGAAUAUUUGGCCACCAGAGGAGAAGUGCUACUCUUAUAUCAGAGCCUCACAAUGUGUCUUUUCGUCGGGUUCAACUCGGUCUUCUACAACCUCAUCAUCCCCAUGGCCGUCGAGUGGCAUUUUCAGAACAUGCUGCUCUUGACGUUUCUCCAGAAUCUGUGCGCAAUACUGGCAAACAUCGCCGACCCGUUGCUGUUCAUGAUGUUCAACACGGCCAUUCGGGAGCGGUUGGCGCAGAUAAUCUGCCGACUGCCGACAAAGCGAACCACCACCAUCACGUCUACGUCAAAAUAU